AGUAGUUUCUUUGGUGCUGGGGUGGGAAGCGAAAUAAAUACAACAUUGGUUUCUAAACGUUGGCAAGCGGUCUGUCCACUCUAUAGCUCGUGAUUGGCUGUCUGAAAAAAGCGGCUGACUGUGCCGUGUGAUGUGAUCUGUCCGAUUCUGUGAUUUUAUAUACCGAAAAAUGGUUAAAUAAAAUAUAUUGACACCGCCGAAUUUCAACGCUACCCUGUUAAAUCUUUAUCAUGCUGUCGCAGCUGCUCCGUCAGUUUCUGUUUACAAUAGUGCAUUUUGUUAUAAGUUUACUUGUUGCUGUUCAAAAUGUUUAUUCCCGAUUAUGGGUUAAAAAGUGCAUUUUACCUCAAAACGAGGUGACGAAGAGUGAUAUAAAAGUUAUAUUAGAACACUUGCCAAGAGUUACCAAGAAACUCAAACAUUUAGUGAUCCUGACAGACACCGAGGAACACUCGUUCAGUACGCUUGCUCGCUUGGUUAUCUGGAGCCUGGUAGCCGGGAUAUCAUACGUGAGCUUCUAUGAUAUAACGGGAGAAUUAAAAGAAAAUGAAGAAAAACUAUUCCUUGAAGUAGAAAAGAAUAAAAAGGGUGUGCCAGGUUGCAUAAAGUGGUACAAAAAGCCUGACUUGAAUGGCUACACAAAUGGGAUGCAAGCCCACACUGUGUACAUAAACAUAUUUAGUAGCAAAGAUGGCAAGCCCACUGUUACUCAAUGUAUACGUGAGAUUGCAGCAGAUAGAGUUAAAUGUAGUAGAGAAUCUAAUGAAUACACAGCACAAGAAUUAGACAAUGCUCUUAAACUAAUGUACCCUUCCAUUCCUGAUCCAGAAUUAGUUUUAUAUACUGGUCCGCUAUGUUGUACCCAUGGGUUAUUGCCAUGGCAAAUAAGACUCUCAGAGUUUAUACAACUUUCCAUAGACCAUAGUGUAAGUAUUGAGAAUUAUAUAGGUGCAUUGUACAGAUACAAUAAAUGUGAUCAAAGAUUUGGUAAGUGAGAUUGGGGUUAGCCUCAACGGUAGGCCUAAGAUUAAUUGAAUAUUUAUACGGGCAUUAUCCAUUGGUAACCAUCAGGAGUGAAUGUGUAAAUAGGUGCUUUAUUUAAAUAUCAGAUACAUUAUUUUAUUACUAGAUAACAUUAAUGAUCAGUGCAUUAACUAACAUUUUAAUCAUGAGCCAAGGCCUAUUACGUUCUUUGUAUAAAUAAAUUAAAAUGUACCUUUAUUGAUAUGAAUAAUAAAUUGAUACCAAGCUAUACCAUGUUGUCAUUGGAAAUGUAUAAAUUUUAUAUAGAAUUUAGGCUGUAAUUCAAUACAAACAGUGAGCAAUAAACCUAUAGAAAUUCAUAUGAACAGUAUAUUUAUAAUUUUUAAAUUAAAAUAAAUAUGUAAACUUGAACAAA